AGAGCUUACAUAAUUCAAUCGAUAAAAUGUCUGAGAAUUAUUCACCCCUUCUUUUUUGCCAUCCCUUGUUCAUUCAACGCGUUGAGCUUACGGCUCGUCCUCACUCAUUUCAUACCACACUCUCUCAAUCUCCGUCCUCAUUCUUUUAUAUAUAAACUUAUAGAACAACCUCACAACCACAAAAAAUGGCCGCUCUCAAGUUGUUCAAUCUUCUCGCCUUGGCCUCAGUUGCUCUUCUUGCAUUCCAGUCUGGUCCUACAUCCGUCAAUGCCUUGACAACAGACCGCUCUCAUGUCGCUCGUUAUGCUCGUGCUCAUGACCUCGCCGCAAAGAGAAGGCGUGACACAACCUCGUCUACUAGCAAUGGUCGGUGUAAGCCAAAACCAACAGAUAGCAGCACUGUCGCGUCCUCCUCCUGGACCUCAACUUAUGUUGCCAGUCCCACUGAGACGUCUUCGACAACUGUAUACGUACCGGCAUCAACCUCAACAACUUCCUCUUCCUACGCCGCAACCUCCACCCCCGCUUCCACUGGCAGCUCAAGUGGCAAGAAGUGGGGUUUGGCCUGGAACAACGGUAAUGCUGACUACCUCCCCACCUUCGCUGCUCGUCCCAAUGUUGGCUUCAUUUACACUUGGAGCCCUUACUUGCCCUCGAACCUUUAUGGCCUUCAGGGCAUUCCCAUGCUUUGGGGUUAUGACCAGAUUUCUGACUUCCAGAGCUUGGUCGUCGCCGGUUACGCUAACUACGUCCUUGGCAUGAACGAGCCCAACGAAUCCAGCCAGUCCAACAUGAGCCCCUCCGAUGGCGUUUCGCUCUGGCAGCAAUACAUCAACCCUUUGAAAGACCAAGGCUACUACCUCGUCUCCCCUGCUUGCACCAAUGACCAGACUGGUCUUGACUGGAUGGCUAGCUUCUUCCAAGAGUGCUCUGGUUGCCACAUUGACGCCGUCGCGUUCCACUUUUACGGCACUGAUGCUCAAGCUUUCAUCACCUAUGCCACUCAGCUCCACAAUCUCUACAACCUGCCCAUCUGGGUUACGGAGUUUGCUGACCAGAACUUCAGUGGUGGUUCACAGGCCACCCAGGAUGAGGUUUAUGCUUUUGCUAGCACCGUCGCCAACUUUGUCGACAGCACUGAGUGGUUUACCGUUGCCUUCCCAUUCGGCCUUAUGAGUGACCUUCAAGGCGUGAAUACAGACAACUCUCUUCUUGGCAGCGAUGACCAGCCCACUUCUCUUGCCUACACCUACUUUGGCUAGGGAAAUUUAGCUCUGAUCAUGACUAAUACAUAGCCCGCGGGGUUCAGGCUUGUAGCCCUAUCAGCUUCGCUAUAUUCCCGAUGAUACCCUCAAUAUUUCAUAUGCCACUCUUGGAUUCACUUCAUUCUACUUAUCGUUUAUCUCACCAUCGCCCUUAUCUGGUCGCAAGUAGUGUGCUGGUUUCGCAUGUCGCCUGGUGUGCGACGCAAUCGACCGUAAAGUCGUGCAUUUGUCGAACAAUGCAGACUUUAUUUCCGCAAUUAGAUAUACUGUUUUCUGUGAGCGAGCCUCAGACUGAAAGCAUGUUACCAUGAAAAUUCCCAGGCUGCAGUUCAGACUUAGUCGUGAUCAAUAUAGAUAAUUCUAUAAAAGGAAAUAGCGAUCAAUUGCGACUUGCACAGUGACGAGCUGACAGUGAGCGCAUGUGUUUUCUCGACGGGAUCCCGUGUACGGCGUGCCGU